AUGACCAUACAUAGACUUAUAUCAUUGGUGCUAAUAAUAUGUUUAUCUAUUUUAAACUGUUGUCAGUCGAAAUCAAAUAAUCUCGAUGUUUGUUCGUUAUGGUCUGACAAAGAGAAGAAUUCGAACGAAUUAAAGAGUUUUAUUUUCACCAAUGUCAAACCGGAAGGUGGCAGUGACGCUGGAAGAUUCUCAAAGAUUAAAGUAAACAGUUGGGAAGAAUGUGUGAAUCAAUGUUGUCAGUUUAAUCGAUGUAAUGUCGUCUAUUGGAUCGCAUCAGUAUGUGUUCAUAUAGAAUGUAUUUCCGACGAGAUAUGUGCUCCGGUAGAAGCAAAUCUCAAUGAGGAGACAAUGUAUCUCCGAGUUCGUUCAGUUCAAUCAACAGCAGCGGCUCUUGAUUAUGAAGAUCCCGGUCGUGAUGAAUGUAACGAUACCAAACUGUGCAAGAUUAAUGAACAAUGUGAACAAAUUUCCGUCAGUGCUCAGAUACAACGUAAUAUAUGUUCAUGCGAUCACAAAAGCGGUUAUCGUCGUAUCAAUGGCGUUUGCCGUCAAUAUUUACCUAAUACAAAACCUUGUGCAAUCUAUGAAAAAGAUUUUCAAGAGACUGAUGAUAACGAAGAUCUCGAUCAGACUGUUAAUAGAGGGCGGUGUAAGAAAAACGAGGAAUGCUUACCACCAAAUGAUCGUGCUAAACAUGGUUAUUGUCAAUGUAAACUUGGCUUUCUGCGUACAAGUGGCAAUGGAAAAUGUUUAGCUGAUGAGCGAAUGACCACCUUCACAACAUCGACGCCGACAACUUCGAUUUCAUCGUCGUUUGAUCUCGAAGUACAAGCUGGUGAUGAUCAAACUAUUAGUUUACCUACAGAUCAAGUUGAUUUAUCUGGACAGGUUCUUUAUAAAUCAAAUAAAACGAAAAUAGAGAUGUCAAUAUUAGCAAAUCGUAACUUAAGUUUGUUUUGGAUAUUGAAAUCUUCAACCAAUGGUGCUAAAAUCAAUCUAAUUAAUCAGGAAAAUUCACAAUCGCAUAUUGUUGUCAAACAAUUACGAGAAGGAAUUUAUGAAUUUGAAUUACAAUUGAAGAACAGAGAGGGAAUCGUAUUAGCAACCGAUGUAAUGAAAGUUCAAGUUAUUCCCACUACAACAACUGCGCCGCCUCUUAGUAUUCAAAUAGCAUCACCAGUAAGUGUUCGACUACCGCAACAAGUGGUUAAACUUGAUGCGCAUGUUGAGCCAUCAAGUCGGCCUGUGACUUAUCAAUGGACAUAUUCCAAGGAUGGUCCGAUUAUACCUAUACUCGAAGGUACAGACACAUCCGCUUUGUCAGUGUCGAAUCUUCGUCCUGGUAAUUAUUCGUUCCGCUUACAUGUUGUCGACAGUCUGGGCAAUGAACAAACAAAAACUGUUCAAUUAAACGCCAUCGGAGAACCAAUUGAAGCUCGCGUUGCUAACCGUCGUGAGAUUGUCUUUUGGCCGUCAAAUGAUGUUGUGCUUGAUGGUACACCAAGUAUCAUCGAACAACAAACACAAAUCUCGUGGAAAUUACUUUCGAAUGAUAAUAAACAACGACUUAACGAAAUUGAUAUAUUAUCUCCACAUUCUCUAAAAACAAGAGUGUCGAAUCUUCGUAUUGGUCAAUACAAAUUUCAGUUGACAUUAACAACCAAUGACGAAGAAUAUACAUCGAAAAAAGAUGUUCUUGUCGUUGUUUACACUCAAAAUGGUAAACCACCGAAAGUGUCCAUUAAUCUUGAAACAAGCCGUGUCAAUAUUCUGAAUAAUCUCAUCAUUUUGAAUGGAUCUGCAACAACUGCUGAUUAUGGGAUCGACCGAUGGCAAUGGAAAAAGAGUCCAUCGAGUCCAGCCAUCGGAAACUUUCUCAACAAUUCCGAUCGAUCGCCGAUGGCAUACGUAACGAACUUGAUCGAAGGUUCCUAUGUUUUCAUUCUUCAAGUUUAUGAUGAUCGACAGCAAAUGAGUGAAGCCAAUAUCACUGUUCGUGUUGGUGGUAUACCAAAUGCUGAACAAUUAGUUGAAAUCAUCUUUUUAUCUAAGCCAUAUCUCCAUCAACAAACACUUGACAAUCUUCUUGCGCAGAUUCGCGUUUUUCUCAUUGAUAUUCUACCAAACAUCGAUAUAGUCAUGAUUGGAAUGCCAAAAGAGAACACUUUGUUAAUAAAAGCAAUCGACUCCAAGACCAACGCGAUUGUUUCACCAAAAUUAGUUGCCAAUCAUUUACAAGACAAAAUCAAAUCGUUACGCUCGGCAUCAAAUAUGAAUAUCAUAUCUAUCGAUACUUAUUUAUGUUUAUCAAAUUGCUCAAACCAUGGUAAAUGUGAUCAUAAGACGAAGCAUUGCGUGUGCAAUCGAUACCGUAUGGAAAACUGGUUUAAAUCUCUCGUUCAAAAAGAACCCAAUUGUGAUUUUAUCGUGCAUUAUGUGGUUUUAAUAUCAAUUGUUACUGUUAUUUUUGCGCUUCUCUUUUGUUGGCUAUGUUUAUGCUGCUGUUUGCGUUGGCGUCGUCGUCGAAAUUUAUUGGAACGUCGAAAACGUAUUCGAUAUCAAUUAUUACACGAAGAUGACGAAGACAUUAAUGACACUGAAAGUCCACGAAGUCCGAAAGAGAAGCUCAAGAGUAAAUUUCGUUUGACGAAAAAGAAUAAAACCAAACCAUCCAAUUUGAUUAUUUCCGAAUCGGAUUGCGAUGUUUCAGAUGAACAUGGCGAACAAACACUUUAUGAUAAACCACUUCUUACCGCCAAACUACAAAUGAGCUCAUCCUUCGGCAAAAAUCGUGGAUUGAAAGUUCCAGUACAAGAUAGUAAUGGUAGUCCGAUGUUACGCAAUAGUGGACAAUCGCCAACAACCACCGACAAUAGUGUCGCUUAA